CAUCCUGGUGUAGUGACAGUAUUGUGUAUUUUUGCCACAUCCUCUGCACAAGCAUUUUGCCAUCAUGACAAAGGGAGCCACAAUGCAGGUUUCAGUGGACAGAUGGAAGGCAGCCAUCAUCUGCACUGUUGUGGAAAUGUGUCUUACAAGAUCUCAGAAAGCUCCUGCUGUAAUGGAAAUGUAACUCUGGGAUUAAGCCAGCUGGUGGCUGACUGCUGUGAUUCUGUAGCUUACAAUCCCCUUAACGAGAUUUGCUGUGAUGGCAGGAUUCUGACUCGAAGCAGCACUCACAUGAAAUGCUGUGGCAAAGUCAUGUACCUGACAACGACUCAUUUGUGUUGUGGUGGUGACGAAAUAUUUGAAUGGAAGGAAAAUCAUUCUUGUUGUGGCAAUAAAACGUAUGACAUGACAACCCAAUACUGCUGUACUAACCUUACACUAAACGUAAAGCCUAAAAAUGAAACUUGCUGUCCAAAAGCAACAGAUUCUGAUAAAAAAACAAAAUGCCAGCAAGGCUCUCUUCCCACCUGCACACUCCCCAAAGUCUCAGAAUUGAAGUGUGGGUCCGAACCUUACAAUCCCCAGAAAGAAAUCUGUUGCUCAGGGAAUCUGCAUAAGAAGGCAUCAGCACUUACUAAGUGCUGUAGCAAAGAUGUUUACACUCUGUCAGAUGACAAUGUGCUGUGCUGUAAUGGAAUCAUUCAUCUCAAUGUGCCUGAGCAGUCAGAGUGUGUUGGAGGUGUUAUAUAUACUCCACCAAACACUAUUUGCCAAAUGUCUGCUCGUCCCCGUCUUGGUGAGCACUGCUGUGGAGGACAAACCUUCAAUCCUCGCACACAUAUUUGCUGUAACGGACACAGCCACAACAAGAUGAAUGGCAAUUUCUGUUGUGGUUCAGAAGUCUAUGACCACCACAACCAGUUGUUGAGAUGCUGCUCAGGUCAUCUCUACAACCUAACACGUUUAAGUGGGGAAGCAGAGUGCUGUGGAAACCAUCUGCUGGAAUAUAAGACACAAACUUGCUGUUCUUCCUCUACUAAUGCCAUAAUUUAUGACACCAAACCAAACCACCAUUGCUGUGGGCAUUACUACUACAACACGUCCCUGUGGAGCUGCUGUGCUGAACAUCUCAAACCAACACCAAAGCCUAACAGCUCCCCUGCAGAAUACAGGCUGAAACCACUAAUGGACCUGAUCCCUGAAAUGUGCAAUAAAACAGUGUUCUUUGGCAAAGUGGAGAGUUUGGCACUUGAAAAUUAUCAGCGUCUCAUUGUGUUGAAAGUUGUUGGACAGGUCGAUGUAAAAUCGGAAAAGGUCAUCAAAGACCCUUGGCUUUAUGUGUCCCUGGAUCACUGCAGCUCUCCUGCCACAGAAAACGGCAUGACCUACCUUUGGGAGGAAAACCACGAUAGGAAGUACAAGCUUCUCUCUCACCCUGUUGACCUAACCUCUGACAUUCACAUGUUCUAUGCUGUAUGUUACCAAAAGAAGGGAUAGAACUAUGGAUUGAGGUCUACAGUAUAUAUUUUAAGUGGCACUGCAUGACCUAAUAAGCAUUUUUUUUAAUCAUGCUGUAUAUUAUCAGUCUCAGGUCUGUUCCAAUUCUGUUCAUUUUUUUUUUAACAAUUUGACAAGUUCAAGGGCAUUUACAUACUAUAGCUCAAAGGUGCUCAAACGCAAUUAAUUACUUUUAUCCUAAUCCUUGAAGACAGCGGUUAUUUCAUAUA